CGCCAGUGUGCAGUAGGACCGCCCGCGAGACAGUCGCUCCCUAGUGACUUUUACGAAUAAAUAAUUCCAAUAUAAAUUUUUAUUUUCAUAAAUUGAAAUAAAUAAUCAGUGUUUGUUUUACGAGCAACCACAAAAACAUAAAAAAUGGCUCUCGUGUUUGACAAGUGCUGCUUCUGCAUAGAGCUGAGGACAGGAUGCCUGAUCAUCGGGUACUUGAACCUGAUCGGUAACAUCAUAGCCAUUCUGAUGUCGAUCAUCGGUCUGGCAGCUGCUGGUGUAGUGACUGCAGAAGGAGACAAGGAAGACGGCACACAGGCUGUGGGCGUCCUCAUGCUGGCGAUCAUUGGCAUCCUGUUGAUCUUCUUUAUCCUGUUCCUCGCGUUCACUAUUGUUCUUCUUGUUGGGCUGCACAAGCACAAGCGCGGUCACAUAAAGGCGUACUUGAUCUACACUGUGAUCUUCUUGGUGCUGUACAUCAUUCUGUUCUUCGCUGGUUUCGGUGCCGCACACAUCAAUGGUGGAAAUGUCGCCAGGGAUCUGAUCUCAAUUCUUCUGAGCAUUUACUUCAUGCUGGUCAUCAGAAGCUACUACUUGAAGAUGGACGAUCCCUCCAACAAACCAGCUGUCUACAACACAGCCUAAAUAAACAAAUUUAAACAAUCUAAAAUAGAGACCACAU